AUGACUUUUGCAAAGUCAAUUCGACUAUUCCGUCCCCGUUCAUUCAUCCCACAAGCUCGAGCGAUGCAUAUCCAGUCGAUUCCGAUGUGGACGGGGAAGGGCAAUAAUUAUGCCUACCUAGUGACAGACGAGCCGACUAAGCAAUCAGUCAUCAUUGACCCAGCGAAUCCCCCAGAGGUGGCUCCUGAACUGAAGUCGCAGAUUAGCGCUGGCAAGAUUGAUUUGACUGCCAUUGUAAAUACUCACCACCACUGGGACCAUGCUGGGGGCAAUGAUAAGAUGCUGAGAGAGUUCGGCAAGCUUCCCGUGAUUGGAGGCUCAAAUUGCCAGUCCGUUACCAGGACCCCGGCAGAUGGCGAGACCUUUAAGAUUGGAGAGCGCAUCUCUGUCAAGGCCCUGUAUACCCCUUGCCAUACCCAGGAUAGUAUCUGCUAUUACAUGCAAGAUGGCGACCAGCGGGUUGUGUUCACCGGCGACACCUUGUUUAUUGGCGGAUGCGGUCGCUUCUUUGAAGGCAACGCCGCGGAGAUGCACAAGGCAUUAAACGAGACAUUGGCAGCUUUACCAGACGACACCAAGGUUUAUCCCGGUCACGAGUACACUAAGGCAAACGUCAAGUUUUGCAUUGCGGUGUCCCAGUCGGAGCCAAUUAAGAAGCUUCAAGCUUUUGCCGAGGCGAACGAGCAGACCCAGGGCAAGUUCACUAUCGGAGACGAAAAGCUUCACAACGUGUUUAUGCGCGUCAAUGACCCCGCGAUCCAGAAAGCGACAGGCAAGACCGAUCCAGUAGAUGUGAUGGCUGCUCUGAGAGAGAUGAAGAAUGCCAUGUACCGCGGAGGGGCCAGUGAUACGGAGCCACAGAACCAGCUGGAGGUCGUCUUCUACCCUGAUUCCAGCCACCGCCGCAAAUCCUCCUUGGUGACGAUGGAGAAACCCGGAAUCAAAAACCACGACCCACAGGAUAGGACGACAGCUUGCUAUGUGCAUUCCCUUAUUGGGGGGGAAUGGGCAGCGCCUUUUCCAAAAUCUGCCGAUCAGGAAGAUGUGAUCCAUACGAUGAGUGACGAUGAGCCCAUCGUCAACCCAAAGAUCCUUGGCGAUGAUAACACAGUCGCUGUUGUCGACGGUGAUAACAAAACACUUAAAGUCGAGCCCACGAUCAUUCAAUCGCGUCAUCUGACCAAGCGCCAGCUGUCCGAUAUGGCUUGGAAUGUACGGAAGCUCUCGAAGAAGCUGGGAAGCAUAAAACUUAGACUGACGGUCAAGAAUGUCUUCAUCGUGAGCAAGACACAUGAUGAGUCCUUGGUGAGCUUGACCAGAAAAGUGACUCGCUGGUUACUCUCCAAGGACCGUGAUUCGCCGUACACAGUCUACGUGGAGCGCCGCAUGGAAACCCAUCCGGACUUUGGAACUUUGCAGCUACUGCAGGAUGAACCAUCGGCCAAAGGUCGGCUUCAGUUCUGGGAUCCUAAGCUCGCGCAGGAGCAGCCCCAUCUAUUUGAUUUUGUGAUCACCCUCGGUGGAGAUGGAACGGUUCUUUAUACGAGCUGGCUAUUCCAGCGUAUUGUCCCGCCCGUUUUGUCAUUUGCGCUUGGUUCAUUAGGCUUCUUGACCAACUUUGACUUUUCAGAUCAUAAGAAUAUCCUGGAAAACGCUUUCCGAGAUGGCGUGGUUGUGAGUCUUCGGUUGCGAUUCGAGUGCACGAUUAUGAGAAGCAAGGCGCGGUUGAAAGAUCCGCAUAGUCGAACGUUGCCGGAUCGCGAUUUGGUGGAGGAAUUGAUCGGCGAGGAAGGGGAGGAUACAUUGACACAUACUCCGGAUCGAGUAUAUGAGAUUUUGAACGAUGUCGUUCUGGACCGUGGACCUAAUCCAACCAUGUCUCAAAUCGAACUGUUUGGCGAUGACGAACAUUUCACUACUCUGUUAGCCGAUGGAAUCUGCAUUGCUACCCCGACAGGGUCAACAGCCUACAACCUCGCCGCUGGAGGAUCGCUUUCGCACCCUGAGAAUCCAGUGAUCUUGGUAACGGCCAUUUGCGCCCACACCCUUUCAUUCCGGCCAAUUAUCCUCCCUGAUACGAUUGUGUUGCGCAUGGGUGUUCCCUACGAUGCGCGAACCAGUUCAUGGGCUAGUUUCGAUGGCCGGGAGAGGGUAGAGUUGCAUCCAGGCGACUAUGUCACGGUGUCGGCGUCGAGAUACCCGUUUGCCAGUGUGUUGCCUCAGGAUCGACAUGGCGAAGACUGGGUGCACAGCAUCUCUAAAACGCUGAAUUGGAACUCCCGUACGAAACAGAAGAGUCUCAAAUAA